AUGUACCCUGUUGAUACUGUCAAAACCCGCAUGCAAGCAUAUAGGGGGGCCCCCUCUAUGGGGGCCCCCACAAUGGGGGCAUCCUCAAUGGGGGCACCCUCAAUGGGGGCAUCCAGCUCUGCAUGCCCCUAUAAAGCAGCAGCAAGCAGCAACAGCAGCAGCAGCAGCAGCAGCAGCAGCAGCAGCAGCAUGGGGAAAGGUGCAGAGGGCCCCUGUUCAAAGGGGUAUUAUAAUGUUAGGGGGCCCCAAACAAACUCGCCUAUUAAACUCAACUUGCUGCAGCAGCCAACGUCUUCAAAUAUAAAUAAUUUGUCUCAGUCUCUCUCUUCUUUUAAAGCUGCAAUCUCUUCACAAGCACUGCAAACACAGGGGGGCCCCCAGGGGCCCCCCAUGGGGGCCCCCCAUGGGGGGGCCCCCAUGCAGACGAUUGGUAGCGAAGUAUCAUCACGAAAUCUAAUUAAUGAAGCUGCAGGGUACAACAAAGGCCCCAACGGGGGGCCCUUGGGGGCCCCCCGUUGGGGCCCAUGGUUUUAUAGAGGAGUGCUGGCUGAAGGUUAUAAAGAAAUAUUGAAGAGCAGCAAAAGAGAAGGGUUUAAAGGGUUUAUAUCUGCAGCAGCUUCUGCAGCAUGGCGUUCAGAAGCAGCAGCAGCAGCAAAUGCUGCUGCUGCUGCUGCUGGAACUCCUGCAGCAGUUCCUGCUGCUGCAGUUGCUGCUGCAGCAAGCAGCAGCACAGGAUUGAAGGUCCCUUCAAUCCUUUCUACUGCGCGGCCAGCAGCAACAAUGGCGUGGGGUACAGGUGCAGCAGCAGCAGCAGCAGCAGCAACAACAACAGGUGCAGCAAGGCCAUUGGGGGCCCUCCCCGGGGGCCCCUCUGGGGGCCCCAUAGGCGGUAGUAUAGUUGGAGGCGUAUUUAAAGGUUUAAGAUAUGUUUAUAAUGAAGGAGGCCUUCUUAACUUAUAUAGAGGAGCUGGUGCUGUUGUGUUGGGGUGUAUACCCGCCCAUGGCUGCUACUUUGCUUCGUUUGAAUUCAUCAAACAAACUCUUACGCAGCGUGCACUUCGUAAGCAGCAGCAGCAGCAGCAGCUGCAGCAGCAGCAGCAACAGGUGCUGCUGCUGCAGCAACAGCAACAGCAGCAGCAGCAGACCAAGCCGAGACUUGAUGCCAAGCAAGAAGAAACGCUGCAGCAACUGCAGCAGCAACAGCAGCACUUGCAGCAGCAGCAGCAGCACUUGCAGCAGCAGCAGCAGCACUUGCAGCAGCAGCAGCAGCAGCAGCAGCAGGUCUGUGCGGGCGUGUUUGAUGGCGACGCUGCGACUGGAGGGGCCGCUGGCUUUGUUUAG